UGAUGAGGGGAAAAAACGAUUUAUUAAAUUUUUGAAAUAGGCUGUAAGGUAACAAAAUGUGGAAAAAGUGAAGGGGUCUGAAUACUUUCCGAAGGCACUGUAUAUGUGAUGUAUAAGUAAAUAGCGUUGACUCAUAAAGUAUGUAUGUCGUGAAUGUGAUCACUUUCAACAUGUCUGUUUCUUUUCUCCCGCAGAAUGUGAGAGAUGUGACCAACCGUCCACUCACUGAGUUCAUGGCUCACUGUAUAGACUCCCUCCCACCGCUGGCUUUCACCAAUCGGAGGCUUAUACCAACCAUGUUACAUCCCCCCUCUCCAUUGGCCAUACAUGCUCAGGAUGCACAGCGGUUCAUUGUAUUUUCAUACUUUGUCCCUGCUGAGUGCCCAGUUGCCACAGAGGCCACAGCAGAUGUAUCUACUGGUAAAAGAGAGGACUUAUUGACAGAUACACAUCUUUCCUCAAUGCUUCAUCGAUACCUGCCACACUUCUUCAACGAUGACUCCAUUCCACCACAGCAGACAGUAGAGGGAACCACUGAGCUCUCAGUGUCUCCAGUGGCAAUAUCUAAUAUAAAGGAAGAGGACAGAUUCUAUCCUUUCUCCCUCCCACCACUGGCUCAGCGGUUCGUUGGCAAUUCAUUAAUUGUCCCGGAAACCUCCCAGCCUGCUGUUUCAGCCACAGAGUGCCGAGUUGCCAAAGAAGCCACUGCAGACACAGCCACUGUCAAGAGAGAGAACCGAUGGGCAGCCAGAAGUCUUCCUUCAGUGCUGCCUCCAUGCCUGCCAGCAGUCUUUGACGAUGACUUCAUGCCUCCAGAGCAGACAGUAGAGGAUGCCUAUGAGGUCUCAGGUGCUACAGAGAACACUUCAGGCACAGCUACUGUUGAUGGAGUGGACAGAUCAACAGCUAAAUGCCCUGUCCCAAUUCUGCCUCCCAGUCUGCCACCUGUCUUUGACAAUGACUACAAACUGCCAGAGGAGGCAGUAGAGGGAACCAACAAGUGUCCAGUCGCCAGUGAAUCUGCCGCUUCCGUGUCCGCUGCCCUCCAAGAGGAGUUUUCAGCUGAUAAGAGUCUUCCUGCACCCGCAGCACUGCCUCUAAGACUGCCCUGCACCCACAGCAUUGACCACAAACAGCUAUGGGAGAAAGUUGAGGACAACACAGAGUUCUCAGUAGACAAAGAAGCAACUGUUGCCAUUUACACUUGGGAAGAUAAAAGUCCUUCAGUUCUGCCAUGCAUCCACAACAACAACGACCACCAACUGCCAGAGGAGACAGUUGAGGAAAACACAGAGUGCUCAGUUAACACCGAGGCAAGUGCAGUUGCAUCCACUGUCAAGAGAGAGGAACUGACAGGUGAUAAAAGCCCUGUCCGAGCAAUUCCUCCAAUCCUGGGAUGCAUCCAUGACAAGGACCACAAGGAGCCAGAGCAGAAAGUGAAGGGCCCUAGUGAAGAGGUGGAUCUCUGCCCUCACGCUCACCAGCUGGACCCAGAUGUUAACUUAACUCUGGCAACCCGCAAUGAUGAACCCAGGACCUGGACCCUGGAAGAGGCAAAGGAUUAUUGGAUAGGCAUUGAAAUUGAGAGUGAAGAGAGGAGCGUCAAGGAGGAGGUGAGACAGAGGGAGGGAUUGAAGCGUGAGGCGGACUGUGCCCAUUCCAAGAGCUCCAAUGGGAUGGCUUCAUCAGAGAGAGCAGACACCAUCCUUGGAAGAGUGGGCUUUCUGGUCAUGAACCACAUGCAGAAAAUCCCAUUUUUGAAGAUGAAGGAAAAAGAUAAAAAUAAGAAACUGCAUAAGAAGUUGAAAGACGACGAGAAAGAGAGAAAGGAGAAGAAAAACAAGGAGGAGGAGAACAAAAAGAGGGAGAAGAAAGAGAUGAAUGAGAGAGAGAAAGAGCAGAAGAAAGUCAUGAAGGCUGAGAAAAAGAGGGAGAAGUUAGAACAGAAAAAGAGAGAGAAGGAAAGAAAAGAGAAGGAAAAGGCAGAGAAAAAGAGGUUAGAGGGGCUGAUGAAGAUACAUAAUGACAUGAUGAAAGACAGGAUUAAGAAAGAGAAGAAGUGUUCUGAGGAGCUGAAAAAGAGAGAGAAAGCUCAAGCUGAGUUCUUGGAGAUGGAGAGAAAGAUUCAAGAAAAGGAGGAGAAGAAGAGAGAAAAGAUGAGGAAAGAGGAGAGGAAGAGACUAGAGAAGAAGAAAAAGAGGGAGCCAGCUGGAGGUGGAACUGAGAGGGUGAUAGAAGAGCAGGGAAAGGAUGAAAGCUUGAAGAUGGAUGAGUAGACUGGGUAUUAGAGA